CAGGAUGUGAAAGGAUGGAGCCUGCAGUUUGUAUAGGAGGUUAUAAGUAGGGGAGCUGACUGUGUCAGGUUUGCGGAGUAGACCUCAACUGUUACACGGGCCUAGCCCAAUCCUGAUUGUCGUUCCCGGGUUCCUUUCCUCACUUGUCCCAUUUCUUGUUCUGCUGCUGCUUGCCAUCCUGCUUGCCUCCGCCAGAUUACUCCUUUUCCUCUGUGAAGCCAUGCACCCCCAGCGUCCUCUUCCCCAGGCCAUGCCCUCCUCUCUGGGGCAGAAUCUGCGUGACAUGGCCCUGGGCCUGGGACGAGGCAAGAACUUCCUGGGAGGAAACAUCGCUUAUGGUUUUAUCCAGUCUGUGAAGGAAUGCCUUUACUUCCUCCUCUGCUGCUGGUGCAUCAAAGAAAUCCUGGACUGAGAGACUGAGAGCAAGAGUAGAUCAAAUGAUCACAGAUAAAUUUUUCCAUGUUCCUCCAUUAGCUUCUAGUGUAAUUCCUACCCACGGUUGUUCCAGCUUUUAUUUCAUCAGACAUGGAAUAUUUGAUCAGCAUUGCUG